UUCUGAUUUCACCCGUGCAUCCAGAGACAUAUUUAAACAGGCCUCCAGCUCUGGUGCACCUGUCGUUGCUGCCCAUCUUUUCUUGGACGGUGAUGGCCCGUACAAAAUGUCAUAGACAGACGACGCUUGCAGGGUUACCCAACCACAUAGCGCCGGGCGGCCAAACUGACGUUUUUUGAAGGUAUGUAGCUAUCAAUGGAGCAGCAAAUUCAGUCGUCAGGGCGAGUCGUCAGGCAAAUACGACGCUGCUACCAGCUAAAGCACUUGUUGUUGCCGCGCAGAGCUACUGCGCAUCAUAGGCGAGAGAUAGUGGCCGAAUUGCCAAUAGGAAAGUAUUGCACCUAAUUUUCUGAACAUAAUUAACAACGGAAAAAAAUGGUAACCAAAAAAUCUUGUAAGGGACAAUGAGUUUACAACUCAAUUAUAGUGGCAAUGGCAGUUCGGAGCGGGAGGACGCGGGAGGAACUGAUGAAACAGGUGAACACGACUUUGCGCUUAUAAAAGCUGGGGUUUUGGGAUUGAUUUUUGUCUUAGCCACAUGUGGAAAUUUGUGCCUUCUGCAUGCACUUUGGACGAAGCGCAAGAUGAAUACAAGGACUCAACUGUUCCUUCUGCACCUGUGUUUUGCGGACCUAGUGGUCGCUUUCUUCCAAGUCCUACCGCAGCUCUGCAUGGAGAUUACGCACCGGUUCCGGGGCUCAGAUUUCGUCUGUAGGUCGGUGAAAUAUCUUCAGGUGGUUGGGAUGUUCGCCUCCACAUACAUGAUAGUGGCCAUGACCAUAGAUCGGUACCAUGCGGUCUGCAAACCCAUGGUGUCGUUCUUGAAGGGUUCUUUUAAGAGGUACGUCGCCAUAGGCGCAGCGUGGCUGAUCUCUCUGGCUUUCAGCACUCCGCAACUCUUCAUCUUCUCACUCCAAGAACUAGAGGACAACCUGUAUGAUUGUUGGGCGACAUUUAUCGAACCUUGGGGUUCUAAGAUAUACAUCAGCUGGAUUACUUUAUCAGUGUUUGUUCUCCCGGUUAUCAUCUUGCUGUACUGCCAGAUUAAAAUAUGCACGGGGAUAUACUUUAACAUGAAGAGAAAGGCGCUCCAGGCUUCCACGAGCGACAGGCGCACGGGCACCAAAGGGGUCUCGAGCGCGAUGUUGAAGACGGUCAAAAUGACAUUCGUCAUCAUUAUGGUCUACUCGAUAUGCUGGAGCCCCUUCUUUGUGGUCCAGUUGUGGUCUGCAUGGAGUCCCAGUACAGCGCCCACAAAUGGUCCAUUGUUUGUCAUCAUCAUGCUGCUUGCCAGUCUAAACAGCUGUACCAACCCCUGGAUCUAUCUUUACUACAGCUAGGAGACACUAUGUUGGACUAGCUCUGGCCCAGGGCACUACUUUCAGCUUCACAGAAGGCUCAGCAUCAGCAAGCCACACAUAACACCAUGGACCAGAGCUAUUGAUGGACCAUGUGGGCAAUAUGGGAACUCCUCCCACUCCACUGCUUCACCUUGUACUGUAUAUAGCAUUUCUUUGAUGUCAUUGAAGACGCAUGGUUUAGACACAUGUAUAUAUUUUUAAAUAUCCUCGUUGAUUCAACGUCAAUAUUGGUAUGUCAAGCCGACCAUUUUAGCUCUCAGCAGUAAGCAAAUGUAAUGCAUAUUCUGUCAAGGGGCGGCAGGGUAGCUUAGUGGUUAGAGCGUUGGACUAGUAACCGGAAGGUUGCGAGUUCAAACCCCCGAGCUGACAAGGUACAUCUGUCGUUCUGCCCCUGAACAGGCAGUUAACCCACGGUUCCUAGGCCGUCAUUCAAAAUAAGAAUUUGUUCUUAACUGACUUGCCUGGUUAAAUAAAGGUAAAAUAAAAUAUUUAAAAAAGCUAAUAUUCUAUAAGAGGGGCAGGAACUGGAGCAGUAGAACAUUUGAGGUGGCGGGACUCAGUUCCAGUGAGAUCCUGUCCUAAUCAAUCACUGAUUAUCUGGGAUGAGUUCCUGUCCUAAUCAAUCACUGAUUAUCUGGGAUGAGCUCCUGUCCUAAUCAAUCACUGAUUAUCUGGGAUGAGCUCCUGUCCUAAUCAAUCACUGAUUAUCUGGGAUGAGUUCCUGUCCUAAUCAAUCACUGAUUAUCUGGGAUGAGUUCCUGUCCUAAUCAAUCACUGAUUAUCUGGGAUGAGUUCCUGUCCUAAUCAAUCACUGAUUAUCUGGGAUGAGUUCCUGUCCUAAUCAAUCACUGAUUAUCUGGGAUGAGAUCCUGUCCUAAUCAAUCACUGAUUAUCUGGGAUG